AUGUCGGAUUCUGGAAUUGUUUUUGCUGUUAUUACCAUCAGUGACACCUGCCAUGAAGAUGCCACCAAAGAUCGUAGUGGUCCUCGCCUGGCCCAACUAAUUGCCGAACAUUUUGAAAAUCCCCGCAUACUAAAAGAAAUUCUACCCGAUGAAAGGGAAUUAAUAAAACAAAAAUUAUUGCAACUGUCGUCGCCCGAGAUUUCCACAGCUUGUAUUCUGACAACCGGUGGUACAGGCUUUGCCGCACGAGAUGUUACCCCCGAGGCAACCAAAGAAGUUUUGGACAAAGAAUGCCCUCAGCUUGCCAUGGCCAUUGGUAUGCAUUCUUUGCAAAAAACCAAAUUUGCUGCCCUAUCUCGGGGUGUUUGUGGCAUUGCGGGUAAGACGUUAAUUGUCAAUCUGCCCGGAAGUGAAAAGGCUGUGGUGGAAUGUUUCGAUUAUAUAAAGGAUCUAUUGCCGCAUGCAUUGCAUUUGAUUAAUAAUGAUUUGGCAUUGGUACGCAAAACCCAUGAGCAAUUGCAGGGUUCGGGAGCAGCCCCUGCGCCCAGUGUGCCCCAUGUCUGUCCCCACAAAACGGGUAAAGGUGAUGCCACAGAUCGUAAUUCUCCCUAUCCCAUGCUGCCAGUAAACGAAACCUUGAAUUUGAUAUUGAAAACAAUUAAGACCCAGGAGACCCUGCCGAAUCUGCUAAAGAAUUUUAAAUCUCCCGUUGAUAUACCACCCUUCAGGGCCUCCAUUAAAGAUGGUUAUGCCAUGAAAUCUUCAGGAUUUUCUGGUACCAAAAAGGUCAUAGGUUAUAUAGCUGCAGGAGAUUCUAUAAUUACGGAAGAUUUUGCAGAGGAUGAAUGUUAUAAAAUCAAUACUGGGGCUCCGGUGCCGCUGCAGGCUGAUUGUGUGAUACAAAUUGAGGAUACCAAGUUAUUGAAAACUAAAAAAGAUGGCCAGGAGGAUUUGGUGGAAAUUUUAAUUGAUCCGAAAAAGGAUUUGGAUAUAAGGCCCGUAGGAUGUGACUUAUCCAAAAAUUCUCCCCUUUUCCCCAGUGUUGAUCUCUCACCCGUGGUGGUGAAAUCGCUUAUGGCCUCGGUGGGCCAUGCAGUGCCGCUUCACAAACCCUUGGUUGCGGUCAUCUCAACGGGCAGUGAACUUUUGGAUCCUCAAGACUACCCCAUUGAGGGUAAAAUCUAUGAUUCCAAUACCACCAUGCUGAGGCAGCUAUUGCAAUAUUUCGGCUUUGAGUGUUUCGUAACGAAAGUUUUAUCCGAUGAUUUCGAUGAGGUCUCCGUAACCCUUAGCAACAUUUAUGAUGAAGUCGAUUUUGUUAUCUGCAGUGGUGGUGUGUCAAUGGGCGAUAAGGAUUACAUUAAACCGGUGUUGCAAAAAUUGGGUUUUGAAUUGCUGGUCGGACGUGUCAAUAUGAAACCAGGCAAACCCAUGACCUUUGCCGCCAAGGGUGAUAAAUAUUUCUUUGGUUUACCCGGCAAUCCGGUCUCGGCAUUUGUAUGCUUCCAUUUAUUUGCCUUGCCUGCGGUUCGUUGGUGUUCCGGUUGGACCCAGGAGAAGUGUAUGUUGCCAGUGGUGCAAGUCAUUCUGGAAAAUCAAAGUGUACCAUUGGAUCCCCGACCUGAAUAUAUGCGUGCCACAAUCACCAGCCGUAAUGGUCAACUUUAUGCUUCGAUUACCGGCAAUCAGAUGAGUAGCCGCUUGCAAAGUAUUGUUGGAGCCGAUGUACUUGUGCAUUUACCGGCACGCACCGAAACUAAAACUGAAGCCAAUGCUGGUGAUAUAUUGCCAGCCAGCGUAUUGCGUUACGAUUUCAUAACGAAAUAUGAAUGAAC